CGCACAGCAGCUGUGAAUGAAGAGAAAAGAGCGAACAUUCGCCAAGCCAGUUGUCAAAAGUGUACCAGAAGUUGUUUGCACGCUCCAAAAAAAUUAUUAAAAUGGCCUUUAAUAAGCUGAGCAUUGAGAACCUGGACUUGGAGGGCAAGCGGGUGUUGAUGCGAGUGGACUUCAAUGUGCCCAUCAAGGAUGGAAAGAUCACGAGCAACCAGCGCAUUGUCGCUGCUUUGGACAGCAUAAAGCUGGCCCUGUCCAAGAAGGCCAAGUCCGUGGUGCUGAUGUCCCACCUGGGUCGUCCCGAUGGCAACAAGAACAUCAAGUACACGCUGGCGCCCGUUGCCGACGAGCUGAAGAAGUUGCUCGGACAGGAUGUUAAAUUCCUCAGCGACUGUGUGGGCAAUGAGGUGGAGGCCGCUUGCAAGGAUCCCGCGCCAGGUUCGGUUAUUCUGCUCGAGAACGUGCGCUUUUACGUGGAGGAGGAGGGCAAGGGCUUGGACGCCAGCGGCGGCAAAGUAAAGGCCGAUCCCGCCAAGGUCAAGGAGUUCCGUAGUAGUCUGGCCAAGUUGGGCGAUGUCUACGUCAAUGAUGCCUUCGGCACUGCCCAUCGCGCCCACAGCUCCAUGAUGGGCGAUGGCUUCGAGAAGCGUGCUGCUGGCUUGCUGCUCAACAAGGAGCUCAAGUACUUUUCGCAGGCCCUGGACAAGCCCCCAAAUCCCUUCCUGGCCAUCCUAGGUGGCGCCAAGGUUGCCGAUAAGAUCCAGCUGAUCGAGAACUUGCUUGACAAGGUCAAUGAGAUGAUCAUUGGCGGCGGCAUGGCGUUCACCUUCCUCAAGGUCCUCAACAACAUGAAGAUCGGCGGUUCCCUGUUCGACGAGGAGGGUUCCAAGAUUGUUCAGAACCUAGUGGACAAGGCCAAGAAGAACAACGUCAAGCUGCACUUGCCCGUGGACUUUGUCUGUGGUGACAAGUUCGCUGAGAACGCAGCCGUCAGCGAGGCCACCGUCGAGAGUGGUAUUCCCGACGGACACAUGGGUCUGGAUGUGGGACCCAAGACCCGUGAGCUGUUUGCGGCACCUGUGGCACGCGCCAAAUUGAUUGUCUGGAACGGACCUCCCGGCGUGUUCGAGUUCCCCAACUUCGCCAAUGGCACAAAGACCAUCAUGGACGGCGUUGUGGCGGCCACUAAGAACGGCACUGUCUCCAUCAUCGGUGGCGGCGACACAGCCUCGUGCUGCGCCAAAUGGAACACUGAAGCUCUCGUUUCGCACGUCUCCACCGGUGGCGGUGCCUCCCUGGAGCUGCUGGAGGGUAAGACACUGCCCGGCGUGGCCGCUCUCUCCAACGCCUAAACUCGAAUGGAAAUCACACUCUUCGAAAAUGAAUGUUGAUCGCGUCGUUUAUCUUGUAAGACUCACAAACAGAAAGUUGCAUAAUUUUGUUUCAACAUGAAAUGCAUAUGAAAUAAAGGAAUAUUAUUUAGCUUA